AUGGGUUGUAUUCUGUCGACUCGGUCGGAGCCGAAAAAACCCAAAAGAGGAAAUAUAAUUCGAGUUCAACCUAUUGGAGAUGGUACUAAGAUGGUCAUAAGUAGAACCGACUUUACCAUUUUCCAGGUUAAAAGUCAGGAAUCAACCAGCACACAGGUGGAAAAGGAAGAGCCCAAGUCCAAUGCCGAAGAUGAAACACCUAAAGCUCUUGAAGAGAAAUGUGACAAUGAAGAAGGUCUGGUAUUAAAACUGACAGGGGUAGCCGCUAAAGGGGUCGCCUUUGAGAUUUCUCAAAAUAGAGCAGUUGUUGUUGCCCCUCCCACUCGUCUACUUGAGAUGAAAAAGAAGAACACCGAAAGAGAAGAUUCAUCAGUAGAGGAUAUUAGAGAGAGGCUGUUACAGGCUGAGAGACGCCGCAAACAAUUGGAGGACGAAAGAAUUGUUAAGGUCAGAAAAAUGAUGAAGACAGAAUCUCCUGAAACUGUCCAGGCUUACAUAGCCGAAAGGAAAGCACUGGAAGAUAUCCAAACUAAAAAGAUGGAAGAUGCCGUUGCCUCCAGACAAUUGCGAUUGCGCAGCAUACGAGAUAGAAUGAGAGAAAAGGACAACCAUGCAAGGUUAUGGUUGUUAUAUAAAUUUAGAAUGAUGAUUGAAAGUAUGGUAAUGGGUGAAUGA